CACCCAGAGCAGGGCGGGGAGUAGGCAGGGGCCGGGCCGGGCUGGUGCCGAGGCCAGAGAUGCUGUGGGGCCGCGACGGCCCUCGGCAGCCGGGAGUACUGCGUUGAAAACGUUGAGGAACAUGCCAGCACACAUUUUUGAUGUCUCAACCAUUUUCAUCCGUGUCCUAGUCCCCUUGAAAGGCAGAUUUGUGGAGAGCCUCAGCAAUAUUGCUAUUUCUUGGACGUAAGCCAACAGGUAAAGUGACUUCUGAGGACUGAAGAGUUUGAUGACACGGAUCACUGGAUUUCUUUGGUUGGAGUUCACGUUAUGAACCCUUUCUGGAGCAUGUCUGCAAGCUCUGUCCGCAAACGAUCGGAUGGUGAAGAGAAGGCACUGACAGGGGACGUGGUGACCAGCCCUCCACGCACCGCUCCAAAGAAACAGCUGCCUUGUAUUCCCAAAAAUGCUCUGCCCAUUACUAAGCCUACAUCCCCCGCGCCAGCAGCACAGUCCACAAACGGCACACAUGCUUCUUAUGGACCCUUCUACCUGGAAUACUCUCUUCUGGCAGAAUUCACCUUGGUUGUGAAGCAGAAGCUCCCGGGGGUCUACGUGCAGCCCUCCUACCGCUCGGCGUUAAUGUGGUUUGGAGUAAUAUUCAUACGGCAUGGACUGUAUCAGGAUGGUGUAUUUAAGUUUACAGUUUACAUCCCUGAUAACUACCCAGAUGGUGACUGUCCACGCCUGGUGUUUGAUAUUCCCGUCUUUCACCCACUGGUCGAUCCCACCUCAGGUGAACUGGACGUGAAGAGAGCGUUUGCAAAGUGGAGGCGGAACCAUAAUCAUAUUUGGCAAGUUUUAAUGUAUGCACGGAGAGUUUUCUACAAGAUCGAUACGGCAAGCCCCCUAAACCCAGAGGCUGCAGUCCUGUAUGAAAAGGAUGUUCAGCUUUUCAAAAGCAAAGUGGUUGACAGUGUUAAGAUGUGCACCGCUCGUCUGUUCGACCAGCCUAAAAUAGAAGACCCCUAUGCGAUUAGCUUUUCUCCGUGGAAUCCUUCUGUACAUGACGAAGCCAGAGAGAAGAUGCUGACUCAGAAAAAGAAGCCUGAAGAACAGCACAAUAAAAGUGUCCACGUUGCUGGCCUGUCGUGGGUAAAGCCUGGUUCGGUGCAACCUUUCAGUAAAGAAGAGAAAACGGCAGCAACUUAAGCACUGGCGAGCCCGGUGCCCCGUGCGCUUUCCUGCCGGACGUGGGCCUGCUGAGAGCUGACCGGUGGCAGAGGGCGGCCAGAGGAGUAAAACUGUGCAAACAAGGACUGCCGUCAGUGUGUCCGCGGAUGCGUAGGUUCUAACGGCGAGUUUUGGAAACCUCUCUUUAAUGCGUUACUUCUGUCAGAAGUGUCUGUAGGGUGGUUAUCUGGUUCAGUACUCCAAAUAUUUUGGGGCCUCGAGGCUUAAGUAUUUUUCUGAAUAUAAUGCUACAGGUAAGUUGCAUUCAUUUACGCGAAUAGAGUAGAGCGUUGGGCGCGCUAUCCAGUGACUUUACCCCCAUGGCUUCAGUGCACGUAUGUUCGGAUGCGGGAAGAGAGGGAGGGCGAGCAGGCCCCGCAGCUCGCUAGCUCUGGCAGGUGGGAGAGCGGAGCCUCGGGCCCCAGCCUGCAGUCCCACUGACCUGCCAACUCCCGUCGUCACUGAGGCACAUGUUAGGUGAGGGAGGGGAGAGCAGAGCGCUCAUUUGUGGUGGUUUGUUUGGUUUUCUUAAACAAAUUACUUACUGUAUUUUUAUGGCAGGAGGGAGAAAAAGUGUUAAAACAGUUUCUAAUGAAGUCAGAUAUUUAAAUGAUGAGUGACUAAUGUGUUUUGUAGAGACAAAAUAAACCAGUGAAUGACUGUUCUUUGUCAUUUAUGCAGGAAACUAGCUACCCCUUUCUCAAUGUAACUAAACAAAGAUUAAUUUAUAAAUGCUUUAUUGAAAAAUACACUUAUUUUCAUAUAAAAUUACAGUAGCAGUAAGUAUCUUGAGAGGUUUUAUAAAUAUUUUUGCAGACCACUAUUCUAACUGAACAGUGUAAGUUCCCUAUUUCUUUCAGAGCAAUAUGAAGUUACCCAGUAACUUGGUUUAUACUGAUUCAAUUUACAAUUGAAUUUUCUCCCUAAAUAAGAUUAUUCAUUCAACUUUAAAACUGCUGGAACGAGAGUGAUUAAUAAAGGUAUAUAUAGAAUUCAA